CAUGAACCGCCCCUGCUGAUUGAUCUCAGCCUCUGCAGAAUCAAUCUGGGCUUUAAGUUCCUUCUUCUUUGGGCUGAACUGGGUCUAACUGGGAGAAGGCGCUGGCUGCUCGGUGGUGAAGGGAAACCUGGAGAUCAGGUCGUCUCUGUCACACGGUGCCAACCCCUCCCUGCCUGCCAUUUACUCCGCUGCGGUGAUUUAUAGUGAGAGGAACGGAGUGAAACAUGCAGACGCACCGAGGAGGAGCAGAGCAGCUGGAGGACCAGGCUUCCUGCAAAGCUGUGUGAGCUCCUUCCUGUGAAGAGCACCUUCCUCCCCCAGCAGCCGGGCGGCCGGGUGUAGGCUGCCAGCAGGUCUCAGCCCAGCAUGAUCAGAUCCCUCCACCCAGCAGCCUCUGUGGUGCGAGGAGCGUGCGGCCCAGCAGCCACCAUGUCAUGUGUGUAGAGGAUCGGUGGCGGCCCCAGGCGGGAUGCUGCUGGAAGCUGGUCAGUAUGAAUCUGCUGGACUUGUGGCUGUCGCGCUCCAUCCCCAUGUGCCUGCUGCUUCAGAGCCUCGUCCUCAUGGCCCUGUGCUUCCCCUCGGCCAGCAUGUGUCCCAAAGGCUGCAGCUGUCUGCGCGACCCCCACCUCCACGGCCUCAACGUCACCUGCAGCCAGUCCCGCCUCAAAGAGAUUCCCCCCAACCUGCCCAUGGACACCGUCCUCCUGCGGCUGGAACACAACCAAAUAGGCGCUGUGCCUGACCAAGCCUUCCGGGGGCUGCGUCUGCUGAGGGAGCUUAACCUCUCCUAUAAUGCGGUGGAAACUUUAGGGGAGGGUUCCUUCAGUGGCAUAGAGGGGACCCUGCAGGUGCUGGACCUUUCCCACAACCGCAUCACUAGCGUUCACAGGGAUGCUUUCGCCCGGCUGAAGGCCCGCAUCAUCGUGGACGAUAACCCCUGGCACUGUGACUGCGCCCUUCAGCAGGCCAUCGGCGGAAUGGCUCACAACCACGAGGCCGCUGCCAGGCUCCUCUGCAGGAGCUCAGAGCUUCUGGAUCAGGAGGGCCGGCCCUUCUUGGCUGUGGACACUGACCUCUGUAACCUGGCCAAAAGGACCACAGACUACGCCAUGCUGGUCACCAUGUUCGGUUGGUUCGCCAUGGUCAUAUCGUACGUGGUUUACUACGUCCGUCAGAACCAGGAGGACGCCCGCCGUCACCUGGAGUACCUCAAGUCUCUCCCAAGCAAGCCCAAGAAACCCGAUGAUGCUGAUGACAUAAGCACUGUUGCCUGACAGCAGCAGCGUUGCCGUGACGCUCCGUCGGACUCCGUGAAAUGUUUACGCUACAGGACCCACAUUUAUAUAGACUACUGGUUUAAGUCUUCGCCUCUGUUGGCAUCCAGAGGUCUGAACUAUCGUUGUACGUCUUUAACAGGCUGAGUUUGUGUUUGAAGUGAAAUCAGGCGAGAAAUGAAGUACGGACCGCAGCAUCUUCAAACCACAGCGUUCUGAAAAUCUCAGGUUCAAACAGCGAAACGCUUUUUAAAUGAUGACUGGAAAUAUUUGGGAAAUGAAAACGUUUAGUUAUUAAACCAGAAGAGAAACUUAAAAACAGUUUAUGUUUGAGCAACACAGUGUUUUAAAAAGUUUCUAUCCUUAAUUCACUACUUUUAACUAGUAAAAUCCUAAACCUUACCAAGCAGAUUCCUGCCAGAGAGAGAAGACGGAAUGCUUUAGUUGGUGUUUGUGUUUUUCAUGGACAGCGGACGUAGUUCUGAUGUGAAACAGAUGCUGUGAUGCUUUGCCUUCUUACAGAUUAGACUUUUUGUGUCACAUAAUAUUUCUGUUCUUCCAGCAUUAAUACAAAAAGCUUUAAGUUAUCAUUUAAUGCGUUGAAGCUAUUUAAACCGGCUUCAACCAGCGAUCUAAAAUCACUGCAGAGUGGUGAACAUCUCUGCUUUGCACCAAUCUUUUCAUUUGAACAUAUUUUCGGGAUGACCUGCCUGAUUAAGAUCAUCCCACAGCGUCUCAGUUGGGUUUAUUUCUGCAAUUCGGCAACAUUCACACAGAUUCACACUGACAGAUUCAGUCUCAGGACACCAAAGCAACCUGCAGGGAGAAGCAGACGUCGCAGAGCAGAUCCAUGUUUAGGGAACUAAUCACUGUUAAUAGUUGUGUUCGAUAAAGAUCCCCUGAAAUAAACAGCAGUCAACGUGGAUGCAUGACUGACCGCGUCAUAGAACACUGAAGGUAGGACAGAAAAACCAGAGCAUCCGCCGUCAGUGGAGCAGCCAGCCAUGCUGCAGCAGGGAGUCUGUGGCGUUCAGGGACAUGGUGGAAAACGCAGACUUAGUUUUAGCUGAGGUUGUUCAGAGUCAGAUUUGGGCUUUUGACUCUGCUUCUCCACGAUCUUCAUUCAGUCCCCGGGUGAUGGUCUGAUGUUCUCCUUCAGAAAUUCCUCUCAGGGC